ACAGCGCAGAUAAAAGGUGAGGAGCACGCGACUCGGGAAUUGAGUCUUAGAAAUUCAGGUUGGCGCAUUGAGGUGAUUUUGGACUAAGACAACAUGACAUCCCUUGUGCUGAAAAGCAUUGAUCUUCAACAAAAAUCCAACGCGGCUGCCCAUAAUACCAGUGACUAUGUCUCCAAAGUCCCCAUUGUGAGAAGAGGUCUGCCUAUGAAGGUGACAUUGGCAUUCAGUCGAGCUUUACAGAGCACAGAGAGUCUGGCUUUGGUCAUGGAGACAGGUCCCUCUCCUUCAGCAAGCACAAACACAAGGAUUGUAAUGCCAGUAUCAAGUUCUCGGCGUAAUGAUACCUGGAGUGCCACCCUUGAAUCAAGCAGCGCUGGAACCAUGACUGUUUCCAUUAAUAUUCCUGUCAACGCUAGCAUUGGACCUUACAAGAUUACUGCACAAAUUACAAGUGCAGGGCGCACAAGCACUAAUGAUGUUGGAAGAUGUAGUGUCCUAUUUAAUGCUUGGGCAUCAGGUGAUGAGGCAUACAUGAGUAACGAUGCAGAAAGAAAGGAAUAUGUACUCAAUGAAACUGGACUAGUAUUCUAUGGAAGUGCAGGUUUCCCAUCAAGCUCAGCGUGGGACUAUGGCCAUUUUGAAGAUGGAGUAGUGGACAUAUGCUUCAAGUUGCUACAAGAGAGUCCAGAAUACAAAGCAGACCCCGCUACACAUAUCUCAAAAUGUAAUGACCCUGUCUAUAUCUCAAGGAUAUUAAGUGCUAUGGUUAAUAGCCAAGAUGACAGGGGUGUAAUAGUGGGGAACUGGAGCGGCGAUUACUCUGGCGGUGAAAACCCCAGCUCUUGGAGUGGAAGUGUUGCCCUCCUUCAAAGGUGGAGCCAAAGUGGACCUGUUAGAUAUGGACAGUGCUGGGUUUAUGCUGGAGUACUCUGUACAACACUCCGAUGCCUGGGGUUAGCUGCCCGUUUGAUAACAAACUUUGAGUCAGCUCAUGACACCAAUAACAAUCUAAUUAUUGAGCAGUAUUUGGAUGCAUAUGGAAGAAGUAUAGGAUCUCCUGACAGCGUGUGGAAUUUCCAUGCUUGGGUUGAAUGUUGGUUUAGGAGAAAAGAUCUCGGUUCAACAUAUGAUGGAUGGCAGAUUCUGGAUGCAACCCCACAGGAACCAAGUGGAGGCAGCUAUCGCCUUGGGCCGACUUCACAAAAAGCUGUAAAACUGGGCGAUGUGAACCUGCCCUUCGAUGGACCAUUUGUGCUUGCUGAAGUUAAUGCAGAUGAAAUCUACUAUGGCAGAAGGAACGAUGGAACAUUUUCCAUUCUUUACACCGAUACUCGAAAGGUUGGGCAAUAUAUCUCUACCAAAGCAGUUGGAAAUUUCUCCCGUCAAGAUGUUACAGAUCAGUACAAAUUUCCAGAAGGGUCCAAAGAAGAAAGGGAUUCUCUUCAUAAAGCUCAGGGAUUAACGGCAAGAUCAGAUAGAGUCAUGCUUGCCAGCAGGAGACUGAAUGCAACAGCAGCACGUGUAGUAGAAGAUAAGCCACCCAUCCAGGAAGCACCAAAACCUGAAAUCAUUGGUACCUUCAAGCUGAGUGGGGAGCUGCAGGUUGGGCAAGACUUCACAGUCACUCUAAAUCUAAAAAAUCCAACGUCUAGCAAAAAGCAAGUGAAUGCCAAAUGGACUCUUACAGCAAUUGUAUAUAACAGAACUCCAGUGAAAGAAAUACUAAGUGAUUCCCAGUCGGUCACAUUGGCUCCUAAUGAAGAGAAAGUUAUAGAGAUCACAGUCCUGUAUCCUCAGUACGAAAAAGCCUUAACGCCUGACAACAUGAUUCGAGCCAGCGCAGUGUGUGUUGAAGAAAAUGGAGGAAGUUUGUUAGUUGAUAAAGUUAUCACCUUGAAAAAUCCACCUCUCCAGAUAACGGCCCCCGAACGUGUUACUUGGGGCAAAAGUGCCACUCUGGGGAUCGUUUUCACAAACCCGAUUUCAGAAGAUAUAAAAAACUGUGUGGUCACAUUACAGGGCAGCGGCAUCCUGAAGAAAACUCUGAAAGUCCCUUUGCCAGAUCUGAAAGCCAAUCAGAGAAUAAGAGCCGAAGCUGAAGUGACCCCAUACCGAAACGGUAAAAGAGUUGUCAUUGCUGGCUUCUCCUGUGACAAGUUCUCUGAUGUAAAGGGUUACCAGACUGUUGAUGUGAUGGCAGCUUAGCAUUGUCAGUACUGACAGCGACAACAUUCAGUAUACUUCUGUAGGACUGGAAGAACCUUUUAAAGGCAGAGAAGAACAAUAUAUAUAUUCCUGCAAAUAAAAGACUACUAAGAAGCAAACCAGGUUUUCUAACCUUCUCAUAAGCAUUCAAAAUAAACUAUCAUACUGGUGUUCAGUUAACGUUUCCAUCAUAGAUGAAGAAAAAAAAUGUACUACAACAAAACACCCUGCAAAUAUGAAUUAUUAAAUAAAAAUAUUCUCAAAUAUUCUCUAUCAGGA